AUGACUCAUCACCAGCUUGAUGAUCAUCAAAUGGUUAUGUCUCAAUACUAUCCUGCUAUCUACAACCAACUUGUACCAGAUCAAGGAGAGGGGCAACCGUGGCGGAGAAGGAAGAAGAACAAAGGUGAAACGAGCAGCAGUGGGGUAAUGAGGAAGAGGAAGCUUAGCAAAGAACAAGUUAAUCUUCUUGAACGGAGUUUUGGGGACGCGCACAAAUUAGAUAUGGAGAGGAAGGCCAAGCUCGCUUCUGAGCUUGGCCUUGACCCUCAACAAGUCGCGGUGUGGUUCCAAAAUAGGAGGGCUAGAUGGAAGAACAAGAAACUCAAGGAUGAAUAUUCCAAGUUGAAGUCUCACCAUCAGAAUGCCAUUGUUGAGAACUGUCGUCUUGAAACUGAGAUCGAAAAGAUAAAAGAGCAAUUAUGUGAACGAGAAAAGGAGAUACAAAGCCUAUUAGUGGAACGUGAUUGUGCUAGGGUUUCAAGCAAUAAUAACACAACUAGUACUUCAUCAAUAUUCUCAAUGGAGCAGACACAUUUUCUUGGGGAAUUUGGAAUGGAAGAAAUAUUAAUGGAUAAUAAUGUCUUCUUUGUUGCUGAUCAAAGCACUUACAUAACUGGAAUGUUCGAUGCACAAAAUAUCUCGUAAUAAUA